CGGUUAGCUGGCGCAUCUGCAGCAUCUGAAGCCGCAGACGGGACUCGCCAUGAAUAACACGCUCAUUUCUGCCUGAAUUUGAUUCUCUCCGCUUAAAUCAUACCGCAUCCGUUCACCGUUCACCGGCAGGACUCUGACGCGCGGAUGAAACGUUUCACGAGCCUGUGCGGUUUUAGCAGGAAUGCUAGCGUUAGCGCCUAGCUGUCUCAGUGUUGAUUAUAAAUUAUGAUAUUUUCAACAAAUAAGAGACUAAUUUAUGUGAAUAUGGGCGUUUAGCCCAUAAAAACAGAUGUUAGUCUGAUUAAUAUCCGCAUGUCAUCUGUUUUUCUGUGAAAAGUGGGUGAUUUUUCAGAGGUUUAAAUGAACUGCACAGCUGGCUGAUGAUGGAUGCUUUGACUUUCGUCCAUCACAACAAUCAUUUCUGUUUACUUUACGUUUGAAGACUAAAUUUACAGCUGGACCUGAAUGUUUACAUUGAAUUGAGCUGGAAUUUCAUGUCAACAUAGUGAAAAAGACCUAACACUUGACAACCAAAUAAUUCAUAUCGGUCCAUCUGAGUAACAGUUUAUAAGCUGUUUAUGUAUAUAUAGUCAAAUACUUAUGCUUUAAUUUACUGAAUAUACUUAUUUCCAUUUAUUGUUACAGUUUUCUGAAAAUACGGUCCAUUUUAGCUGUUUUCAGCACAAUCACUGGGCUGUGAGUCCAUGUUUGACAGUCACAGCUGAUCUAAACCUCUGGCACCAGAAAAACCCACUACAGCUUUUUGCAAAAUUGUUUUAUCUGAGAGUCAGAUAAACAGUAAGUGAGAUCUGUGAUACACCAUGAAGAAGUUCUUUGACUCCCGGAGGGAGCUGGUGGGCUCUGGACCCGGUUCUGGAGGGGGAGCUGGAGGUUCUGGAUCCAGCUGUGGUGUCGGUGGGAAUUUCAUCGGACGGGCGUUCACUGUAGGACGACACCAGGUCACUGUAGAAGAAACACUGGCAGAAGGUGGUUUUGCAAUCGUGUUCCUGGUGCGGACUAAUCAGGGGGUGCGCUGCGCCCUUAAGAGGAUGUACGUCAACAACGAAUACGACCUGCAGGUCUGCAAGCGUGAGAUCCAGAUCAUGCGGGAUCUCUCUGGUCACAAGAACAUUGUUGCUUUCCUGGACUCCAGCAUCACGGCUGUAGGGGGUGGAGACGUAUGGGAGGUGUUUAUUCUCAUGGAUUUUUGCAGAGGUGGUCAAGUGGUGAACCUGAUGAAUCAGCGCUUACAGACGGGUUUCAGCGAACAGGAAGUACUUCAGAUCUUCUGUGACACGUGUGAGGCAGUGGCACGUCUGCACCAGUACAAAACUCCUAUAAUCCACCGUGACCUCAAGGUGGAGAACAUCCUCUUACAUGAUCGAGGACACUAUGUUUUGUGUGAUUUCGGCAGCGCCACUAUGAAGUUCCAAAACCCGCAGAGUGAAGGAGUCACUGUGGUUGAGGAGGAAAUUAAAAAGUAUACCACCCUGUCCUAUCGUGCUCCAGAAAUGGUGAACCUAUACAAUGGCAAAAUCAUCACUACCAAAGCUGAUGUCUGGGCCAUGGGUUGUCUGCUCUAUAAACUCUGUUUCUUCACAUUGCCUUUCGGUGAGAGUCAGGUGGCCAUCUGUGACGGCAGCUUCACCAUUCCAGACAAUUCUCGCUACUCCCAGGAUAUGCACCGUCUCAUCCGGUUUAUGCUGGAACCAGACCCUGAUAAGAGGCCUGACAUUUAUCAGGUGUCCUACUUUGCUUUCAAACUGGCCCGGCAGGACUGCCCUGUGCAAAAUGUCAAGAAUUCUCCCAUUCCUGCUAAACUUCCUGAGCCAAUCCGAGCGAGCGAAGCAGCCGCAAAGAAGAGCCAAACACAGACCAAGGCGAGACUCACUGACCCCAUUCCUACCACUGAAACCUCCAUCACUCCUAGGCAGCGGCCCAAAGCAGCACAAUCCCAGCCUCAAGCACUAGGGGGCAUCCUGCCCAUCCAGCCUGCUGCCCUCACCCCACGCAAGAGAGCCAACCUGCCAGCAGGGGCCGCCCAGCCUAUAGCUGUCAGUUUGAACUUGGCUCAGCCGACUGCAGCUCUUCAGUCUCAGAAAGCUCAUGCGUCUCCAGCACCUCAGCAGAAAAUGCCCAUGCAGCCAAUCCCAGUCACUGCUGCGGCUGCAGGAGGAGGAGCUGUUCCAGCUCCAGCCACUAGCCCAGGCUCUCAAAAAGCUGUAGCGACCCUGCCCCCAUCCAGCCCUGCUCCACCCACUGCACCCGCCAGGAGCGCUCGUCGUAAGCAGGCAUCAGUGGCUCCCGGGCAGCAGCCCAUGACUGGCCAGCCGGCUGGUUCCCUGCCUCCAGCACAGGUGGAGCCUGCAGCAGUGCCACCCACUGUCCAGCAGCCCACCCACCAGUCCCAGCUCAGCCAAGAGAAGGCAGAGGAGAGGCCUUCAGCAUCUGGCCUGUCCCAGACUCCUCCCUCUUCCCCAAGGACGGCCCAGAAGGCGGGGCACAGACGCAUCCAGAGUGAUGUCACCCACAGCGCUAUGUUUGGAGUGCCUGUCAGCCAAUCCACUCAGCAGCUGCAGGCGGCCACUGCAGAGGCCAGCCUUAACAAGUCCAAGUCAGCUAGUGCCACCCCAUCGAACUCCCCCCAGUCCUCUCAGCAGAGUGUGUACCAGCCUGCCCAGCAGGGCGGUGUGUCUGCCCCCCAGGCUCCCACUUCAGCUGCUGGCCUGACCAGCCUACCAGAUCAACCCUCUUGGAAUCCUUUUGGUGACGAUAAUUUCUCCAAACUUACGGCUGAGGACCUACUCAACAAAGACUUCACCAAACUAGCUGACGAGCCUGUAGAACCUCUGAUUGACACCACCGAGAGUCUUAUUCCUGGGCUGGAGGCUGCAGAACCUGCUCCUGCAUCUGCUGCUGGACGACCUGCUGACAUUCUGGGCCUGGAAUCGGGUGCUGGUUUGCUAGCUGUGCCAGAGAAACUAAUAGAGGGUCUAAAGUCUCCAGACACCUCUCUCAUGCUGCCAGAUCUGCUGUCCAUGGCCGACCCCUUCGGCAGCUCCAUGGAUGACACCAGAUAUGCUAAAACUGAAGUGUGUUUGGACUAUCUGAUACCUGGCUUGGAGCACCCGCAGUCUCAGCUGCACCCUGUGGAGACAGAGCCGACAUCGACACUGCUGGCAGACCCUCUGAUUGGAGAAGACUCUCUGCUGGGUGGUUCUCUCACCUCUGGCUCCGCCUCCUGUCUGGAUGACUUUGCACCUGUAUCGGAAGGCACCCAGAACUUCCCAGCUGCAGACUCCUGUUUGAUCUCAGGCUUUGAGGCUCCGAGCACUGAGGCAGCCAGUGAAGAUGAAUUUGACCCCAUACCAGUACUGGUCCCCAAAAACUCCCAAGGAGGUCACUCUCGCAGUAACAGUGGCAGCUCUGAGUCCAGCCUGCCCAACCUGGCCCGCUCCCUGCUUCUGGUGGAUCAGCUCAUCGAUCUCUAGACCUUACCGAUAUUUCUGCUCUGCCGAAGAUGACGCCAACUGCUGUAGUCUUCUAUCUUUAACCACAAAUCCCUCCUGCUAUCCAUUGUCCCGUCCAUCACCCUUUGCCAUGGUCCAUUUCGAUUUCUUUAUUAAUUUAUGAAGUCCUCCCUCCUCUUUGAUGUCAUCAUUCUUUUUCAUCCAAUCACUUGAGUUUCCUCCAUCACGUCAUAUGUUUUAUGUUCUUUUCUUGCCAUUUAAUGUACAUCUGUUCUUGUCAUCAUCAUCAUCGCUCAUUUGAUUUGAUGUAUUCAGCAUUCCUCCCUAUGCCAUUUACUUUUCUGAUGAAUCUUCAUUUCACUUUUUCGUUUGAGUCUAGUUUGUUGAUUCUAAAGGCUCUAAUCUAGUUUUCUGGCAACCGUGCAUUUCAUAUCUGUACUUCCUGUGGACACGCAUACAUGAGUGUCACAUAUUUCAUCUGCCUCACAGUCAAGAGUGCAGUUGUUGGCUGCUUAGUCCAACGUGAGCUUCAAAGAGCAGAUGUUUGUCAGAUCUUCUUUGUUCUCUUCAGUCCAGCUUGGCUUUGCGUACAGUCUUAGCUGUGUCUUCUGUGGCACAAUGGAAGCUCAUCUCCAGAUUACACACACAUGGGUUUUUUUAGACUCAUGCAGUUGGUUUCUUGCAAUUAAAGUACAAAGUGAACCAAAUUUUUACAGAGAAGAAUAUUUUGGCUGGAUAUUUGCAGACUGGCAGGUAGGCAAGCACAGCUCGCAAGAAUUUAUCUUAAUCCUGGACUGACUGCAGGGUGCAAACAGAUUUGAGGGCAAAUCUCACGAAAUCUGUCAAGAACAUGCCUGGAAACAUAUUUCACCCCAAAAUCAAAAUAAAGAAUUAAGAAAAGAUGUAAUGCAUAAAUAAAAUGAGGCCAUUUUUAAGACCAUAAUGAUGGUUUGCAUUGUGACAGUCAACAGUCAAGUGAUGAAAAUAGUGUCACAUAAUGCCCAAAUAAUCACCAUAAUGGUAAUUUACAGACAAACUUGAGAGAAAAACAUCUGGAAUAAUAGAAUAAUGUUACAAUGCAAAAAAAUAUAUUGGUCUUUUAUACAAAGGAAAUUAGUUCCUAUUGAUUUUCUUUAGAUUUUGGGAUAGAAUGUGACCUGGACAUGUUUAGGUGAGAUUAACUCAUUAAUAUAUCAUUAAGGGGUGUAAAGUCUGUCAAAAUCCAAAAGUUUUUCCCCAUACACUUUAAACUCUGUACAAAGAUAGAGUAGAACAACUAGAAUUUCCUCAUUUCCAUUCAACAACACUUGUUUACUCUUACCACGACUUCCUUGCCAUCAUUUUCUGUUAUUUCUUUGUAAAUAGCUCUAUUGAUGUUGUACGUGGGCUCUAAGAGAUGUAAAUUGUUGUAUAUCUGCAGUAACAGACUCUCCAACCCUAAGAAGUUAUUUGUUCCUCCCGUGUACAGAGCAUCUGUUCAAAAUGUCCAGCAAUUCCCUCUGAAAUCCCUGUUCCUUCCCCAUAGUAUACAUUAUGAGAAUAAUUUAAAAGAAAUAUUUCAUAUACGGUUAAGAUUCUAUGUGAAUAUGAAUAGAGUGUUUGAGAAUGAAUGUAUGAAAUGAGUAUCCAUAUAUAAAUGCAGAUAUGUGUAUAUGAGUCAUACGAAACCUAUUUAAGAGGAAACUUUAUCUCUUUGUUCUGUGUGUUGAGCUGUGUUUGCGAAUGUACAUUUUCGGUUUCAUCUUCUGAUGGCCAGAUCUUCAUCGACGAACAGACUCGAAUAAGAAAAGUGGACAAUCUUUAAACCACCCUGUGAAGUGCAUUUGCACAACCCAGUUUGAAGUAAUUUGUGCUGAUUGCAAAAAAUUGGCUGGAUUUGUUUUUGCUUUUUUUGUUGCCUUCCGCAGACAUUUACCAUCAACUAGUUGUAGUCUAGAGGGAAUGCUGUACGUAUUCCAUUCAUUCUCCCGACUAUGCCAACGCUCUUCAAGGGAUCAACCAAGCCAUGCUUUCUCACAUAGUUCUCGUGUAUCAGACACAUAUCAAAGCAUGGCAUUGUUUAUGAAUAUGAAGACAUGUCUGUGGCCAAUCUUCAUAUCAGUACUGUACAUAUGUGUGUGUAUGUGUGGACAUAAGGUAAAUAAAUAGCUAUUCUUAGUUGUCUCAAGUGGUGAGGUCGUUCUGUAUUUAACAUGGUUUAUCAGCUACAUUCGGACAGCUUGAACUGCAGCAGGUACCUCUGUUUCAAGCACAGGUUCUCUUUAAUUCACUGAGAGUCAUGAGGCAUUGCAUUACCUGAAUGAGAGCAUGGAAAAAUCUUUCGUUUAAUACUGUACCAUAUUAGCAUAAUCCCAACAGCGAGCCAACGGCCAAUAUUGAAUUGAAAGUUCUGUAAUCAGUUACAAAAAAAGCUGUUCUUAUGCUUAAUGUAACAUACUUGGGGCUGAAUCUGUAAAACACUCUGAAAUGAGAUGGAGAUAGUGGCUUUAUGUUCACUUUAGAAAGACGCAUAAGAACAACUGCAAUAGGGCUGGGCGGUAUUACAGUAGAAAUUUGUAAACUGGUAGAGAUUUUGCCAUAACUUUGCAAUAGAUUUUAAUUCCUGUAUACCUGUGGCUGGGUUAUUAAGCAACUUUCUGCACAGCAACAUACUUUCCCCACGAUGCUGGUGUAAAUAAAGAACAUGGCAUCUGAGGACGUCAUUGCUAUUUUUUGUUCUCCGUUGGUCACUUUAUUUCCAGAAGUCCCACUGUUGCUGCUGUGUUUGUUUCCUUGACUUUACAUCACAACCUGCUGCGUCAUUGCGCUGCAACAGUGACAUUUUUCCCUCUUACGUCAUACUCUGGGAUUUCCCCGGCGCACCUGAGUGCAUAUGCACAUGCGCUUUCUUCAAAAACCUAAAAGAAUGGCUCUUAUGCAUUUACAUGGCGUUAAAGCAGAUUAUUUUGUUUGCAGAGAAACCUUGUAACUUGACACAUUAAUAGAGAAUUUCGUUGAUUCGCCAUCAGGUGUAGACUAUUUUACAAUUUGUAAUUGAACUGCUUCAAAUUUGGCUUGUUUUCCAUAAUCAUUUAUUUGUCAUAAGUACCUGUAAUCUUUUAUUCACGUCCAUGUCCUAGAAAAUGAGAUUAACUUAUUUUAAUUUGUAAAGUAUUUAAUUAAAUGGAAUAUUGAUAAACUUAUUUUUGGUGCAAAUUUUUCUUAAUUUUUCCAGCAAACAUAACUUUAUUGUGAUGUAUGCCUUUACUGUGAUAUAAAAUUUCUCAUAGUGUGACAUGUUUUAUUUUUUUCAUACUGCCCACCCCUACACUGCGGUAAUGAAACAAAAACAGAACAAAACUAAACUUUUUUUUUUUUUCUGCAAAAAACAAAACUUUUAGUUUUUAAAACAAAAAAAAAAAUCAGAACUUUAAGCUCAAUGUUGCAAUUAAAAGUUUCUGUCUGCUUUAAGUUGGCAUCAACCUUGGAAUUGCACUGCAUGACAGCAAUCCUCAAAUGGAGGAAAACAGAUGCUGCUGGGGUUCAGCAGUGAUGUUUUCAGCAGUGAUGAAUAUGAAAUCAUUCUAUAUCCUUGCCUCUGUACAGCCACUCGUAGACUCUCAUGUUAACCUAUGCAAUCCUAAUGCUUCAUCUUGUAGCUUUCAGUAGAGGUCUUUGCACCGUGGGUAUCGUUUGACUUGUGUUGUUGUGCAAAAUCAAAGAUUCCUUUUAUGUGCCGUUUUUGUUCAGAGAAGAAUAAUAUUUAUGACCAUGUUUAUCCCCAGAGUUGGAACCUCGUUGGUCUCUGUAGCAAACACCCCUCAGCCCAGUGUUACAAGAGUGAUGGGUUCAUGUGCACCUUUUUAUUUUUGUGAAAACCAAUUAACAAAGAAAGGCGUGUUAAAUAAAAAUGUAAAUGUGAAUAUAAAUUGUUUCCGUGGUAAUUAUUUGUCUGUUCAAAGCCUUAACACUCUCAACAGUCAAGUUAAUCAUGAGGUGGUAAAUCUCAUGAAGCCUGUCAAGAACGUGUGGUUUGUAUAUUUCUGAAAAAUAAAUAAGAUUUUGCAUGAAGAAAUUUUGCAUAUUAAUUUCUUGUUACUGGAAUGUGUGAAAAAUCACACUAAUAAAAGUAAUAAUAUAUUUACUAUAAAAUAUUAUUAUAAUUUUUUCUUGUGAUUUUGAGGUAAAAUAUUAGCAGACAUGUUACUCUGAGCAUUUUAUCCAUACAAGAGAAUCUUUUAAAUGCGAACCACAGUUGAACAAUAUUUGUGACCGCAGGAAUGAAAUGUGUGUCACCUUCCUCUUGUCAACAAAGAAGCCUUGAUAUUAUAUGAGAUACUAUUUUAAUGGACAAAGAAACAUCUUUACUUUUAAUAAAAAUAUAAAUGUUAAAUUAUUACAAACUGAUCUUUGAAAACACAUCCUGUACAGUGAAAAUUUUUGCCAGAGAGCUAAGAGUAAUUGUCAGCAUCACUAUUUUAUUUACAUUAGCGAUGUCCAUGCCUCCAUUGAGAUGUCUCAAUUCAUUGGCAUUAAGGUCUAAUUAUAUAUUGAAAGUUUUAGGUUUUAGCACUUUUCUCUUGUUCUAUUCACAUAAAAAAAAAAAAAAAUUGCUGGAGGUCUGGCUGAUACAACUCCUCCAAUAAGAUCGUCCAUGUUGUGGUCAUUGUGUCUAUCUCAUUUUCUCUCAGUUCUUCCUUUUUCACUGGUACAAGUGAGGUGUAUAAAAAAAUCUUAUUGGCUAGUCUCUUCUAUCACAGAAUUUUUUAGAAUGAUUGGAAACCAUGAUAUGACAUCCAUUUGAUGGAAUGGAAAGGCCAGGGAAAUUGCACAUAAUUUAACACACAAUGCUUUAUGUUUGAAUCUGGAACAAUAAAAUCAAGACAGAUUUGAAAGCUUGAAGCAUUUAGAAGACAGGAAGUGGAUUCUGGGAUGAUACAGAAUGCCAUGUGGCUCAUGUUUAUAAUAACUGCCUCAAGUCUCCAUUUAAGCCAUGGUUGCAUUAUGCUAUGAGCAUGCGAAAUUACUUUGAAUCCUGCAACACUGCAAGCCAUGUAGCUUUGGAAUUUGUGUUCUGUUAUAAUUCAGCUAAAAGGUCAAUCUAUGAAGUUUAGAUCCUCUAUAGAGUGCAACAGUCUGGUUUCAGAAGUAACCAUCCCAUUUAUUUUCUCCACAGGCAAAUUUUUAACUAUAUCUUAUAAGCAGGUUAAAUUGUGCCGGAGCGGUCUGGAACGGCAUUCCGGCACCUUCGAUAAAAAUAAACAAAUAAAACAAAAUGCUUGUUUGUUAAAUCAUUAAAUUUCUUGUAAUCUCCGAUGCGUUUUUUUUGUUUGAUCUGUUUGACACAUUCUGUCUCUAUUUACUGAGUGUACUUGUUCAAAAAUACUUUGCUCUAGUCAGUUGCAGACGCUGGAAGAGGCAACAUAUUUGGCAGCCGCGUGAGAACGUUUCGCUUCCGUAUCGCACCAUGGUCAGAUCUCUCUUUCAAAGAAAUCGUAAACCCUUUUGUUAAAUGCUAGUCUCAAGUAGAUACUUCAAGUAUGUACCCUUUAUUAAGCUUUUUUUUUUUUUCAGUCAUCCACAUUGGCUCAUAAACCGCCAUUCGCUUUCAUAUAUAUCCUUUAAAUGCUUCACAUGCCAGUGCAACUGCCAAGAAGUCUGUAGGUAUUUCAACUCAGGUUGGAUACUUGAUUUUAUGGAGUUUCACUCUAUAAAAUGAUAAUGAAUUUGAAAGAGCUCCUACAGAAACUGAAUAAGUUAAUGACCUGAAGCUUUAAAGCACACUGCAACCUAAUUUGGUGUUCUGUAGUCUGAAGAUCACCUACCCUUGCUGCUGUAAGGGUAAGACUUCUCUAUGUAAAUAACCUCCAUGUCACUCCAUGGUCUUGGUAAGUCAAGGGAGGGGGCUUUGUGUUGAGAUUCACUGUAGCAUAUCUUCAUAGUUACAUCAAACU